CACUAGAACGUCACCGGGCAGACAAACAUGGCUGCAUGUUAGUCUGAUAAUUUUCUUUACUGUUUGCCAAAAUAUCAUAGCUCUUAGGUGCAUUAUUUCAGGAGUAAAGUAGUUUAUUUUGAUGCAUUAAUGAGACUUCAAUGAAACCUUUACAACCCAAUAGGACUUUUCUUCAUCCUUAACAAGAUAGGAUACUAAAAAAAGCUCAGCUAGGUUACUUUUUUUUGAAGAUACAUUUGUUUCAUCAAAUAAAUAUAGUGUAUAAUUAUGUCUCACAAUCAUAUAAUGAGCAAUCAGCAACAGCAUUCUUUAAUUAAUACAAGUGGAGCUGCUCAAAAUACACAGCAAAGAAAUGUAAUGGCUCAACAAAGAGGUUCCCAAGCGAUGUCUUCUAAGCAAGCCUAUCAGUUGCAGCCCACACAAAAUAUUCAACUUACACAUCUUCAACAGCAGCAGUUGGUGAAUAACUAUCAUGGUCAAAAACAAAUUUCAACAGAUAUUGCUUCAGCUCAUCAGUUUACUCCAGCUUUAGGAAACAUGCCUGCACAGAAUGGUACAACUUACCAAUCUAUUUCUGGUUCUUCCAUUCACUCUAGUCAUGGAAUGGAUAACAAUGCUUUAAGUUUGCAACAUCAGUCUUCACAUCAUCAGUAUCAGCAACCCCAACAACAAUCAAUUCAAACUCCUGUACAGCAUUUUCAACCCACUCAGUUGUCACAGCCACAACAGCCACAUCAUAUUCAUCAAACAGUCCCACAACACCACCAUUUGCUUCCACAACAGCAACAGAUUCAAAUUCAGCAGCAACCUAUAGCCCAACAUCAGUCAUCAAAUUAUCAACAGCAACAACACAUACAAAUCCAGCAGCACUUACAACAACGAAGUCUUCACCAGCAACGCUACCACAAGCAGCAGCAAUCACAACAGAUUCAGCCUAAGCAAAUUUUGCAACAUCCUUCAAAGUCCAAUUUAAAUCAUGUGACAACACCCUCAACCAUUCAAGUGCAACAAGGAACAAAACCUGCUGUGAUUAAUAAUACACCUUCCAUAGCUGAAAAUAAAAAUGUUAAUGAUAAGGUUGAAGUAAAGUUAAGUAAUGAGGAAUCAGAACAAUCAAAAAAUAAUGCGGCUGAGACGCUUGGCUUGGCAAACACAAAAGAGAAAACCCCUAUGUGUCUUAUAAAUGAAUUAGCAAGAUUUAACAAGAUGAGCCAUCAGUACACGCUGGUGGAUGAGCAGGGCCCUGCCCAUAAGAAAACUUUCUAUGUAAAAUUGAAGCUUGGUGAUGAGGAAUAUUCUGCCUCAGGAGAGAGUAUUAAAAAAGCUCAGCAUGCUGCAGCUGCUAUUGCCUUAGUUGAAACAAAACACCAGCAUCCACCUCCUAAACCAACAAGAUACAGCAGUAGCAACAGUGUGGAUAGUGGGGAUGAAAAUAUUACACCUACUGUUGAACUAAAUGCUCUUGCAAUGAAACGAGGGGAAGCUGCGAUCUACAAGGCAAUUGAGCCACAGCAGCCUUCAUAUUAUCCUCAGCCAGGAAUGGAUUAUAGGGGAAUAUAUAACUACAACCAGAGAUAUCAGCAGUACAUGCGAGCUAACAGAGAUCCUCGUUACCGUGGUAGUGGUGUGCUCUGGCCCCUGAGAUACCAUUAUCCUCGUAUGAGUCGUGCAUUUUAUGUCUCUUUGCGUGUAGGCCAUCGUGAGUUUAUAGGAGAUGGCCCUACAAGGCAAGCGGCACGUCACAAUGCAGCACAGAAGGCCCUGCGCAUCCUUAAAAACCUGCCUGUACAGAUAGAAGCUAAAAAAGAUCAAGAACCAGCUGAAGAGGAAACAAAUGACAGUUUGAAAUCAGAAAUCAGCUUGGUUCAUGAAAUUGCUCUGCGAAGAAACAUGCCUGUCAAUUUUGAGGUGAUUCGAGAAGCUGGCCCACCUCACAUGAAGAACUUUAUAACACGGUGUAUAGUAGGUGAAAAAGUUACAGAAGGAGAAGGAAACAGUAAAAAGACAUCCAAAAAGAAAGCUGCAGAAUUAAUGUUAGAAGAACUAAGAAAACUUCCACCUACUCCUACACCUGUUUAUCCUCGACCAAAGUCAAAAAUUCAAAUAAACAAAAAGAAAAACAGGAAUCUUAUUAAGUCUGAGCUUCAGCAACAAAAAGCAGAUCCAAACUAUGGAGUUGGCAUCAAUCCAAUCAGCAGACUUAUUCAGAUUAUGCAAGCUCAAAAGAAGAAGGAACCUGUGUAUACCUUGAUAGCAGAAAGAGGGUUGCCCAGAAGAAGAGAAUUCAUUAUGCAGGUUGAAGUUGAAGACAAAAAUUGUACUGGUACUGGCCCUAAUAAAAAACUUGCCAAGAGAUCUGCUGCUGAAGCAAUGUUGCAGCUUUUGGGAUACACUAAACCUAGCCCUCAGCCUGUCAAGUCAUCAUUUAAACAUCCUGCUUCUGGGGAGGGAAAUCAAAGCAAUGGUGAUAAAAAGGUAACAUUUGUGGAAGGUGAUAUACCUACUUCAGAUGUUGUUGAAAAAGCUCCGACACCAGUACAACCUACACAGCAGCGAGUUCCUGGGCUUCUUCAUCUUCCAAACAGCACUAGUAAAUUGGCAACAACUUCUGCAGCUUCUGCAACUACUGCUCUUGCACAGCCUAAAGAAUCCCUAGUCAACUUAGCCAGUAUUCUCAAACCUAAUUUAAGACCAGAAAUACAGUUAAAAGAGCUCUGUAAAGCACUUGGUCAUGAAAUAGAGAUUGAUGAUUUUACAAAGAAAAAGCCAACUGGAACAGAGCACAUAACAAGGAUCAUUAUUGGUAAAGAACAGUCUCAAAGCUUUCAUGGAAGUAGCAACACUCUGGAGUCUUCUAGGGAUAUGGCUGCUUUGGAUGCUCUCAAAGUUUUACUUGCUAAAGUUAAAGAUAUUCAUCCUGGUGGAGAUGGACCACAACUGAAAAAGGAACUACUCACAAGAUCGAGUUCUGGAAUGAAGAAAGACAUCUCUAAAUAGACAACGGCAUGUUUUUAAUAUUUUAGGCAUUUUAGUUAACUUAAACACUAAAUUUAUAAAAUAAUGAAGACAUUAUUCCUUACUUCUCACUACUGCCUGGUGGUUUGUAAGAAAAAUAAUGACUACAUAAGCUUUGGUAUUUUUAUUGUUUAAAGUUAACAUUGCCAUGGUGUACUUAUCAGUGUUACAUUAGACCAGAGUUUUUGUUUUUUUCAUGGGUUCUAAAGCAGAGAGUCUCAUCUUAACAUUUUAACAAAGGGUUGUAAAGGUUUUUUUUUUCUUUCUAAAAAGUUUCCUAUUUAUAUUUUUCUAACUGCAAAAAGACAUGUUUUGAGAACCCUUGAUGAAUUGCAAAACAUUUCUUUUGCUUUGAUGGUUUACUUCUUCAAAGGUUGGGUAUCAUUUCUUGGUUGAAUAUUUUUGUUUUCUUUUACAAUACUUUAGGCCCAAAAAAAAUUGAAUUUAUAAAACUUCUUUAGUGAAAUGCAUUUAAAUGUUAAAAAUAUUUUUAAAAAUCCACAUAAUGUAUUACAAAUUUUGAUCCAGCAAUAUUUAUUGUUUGUUGCAACAGUAUCUUAAUAUUUAGUAGCUAUGGUGUACAAAAAGAUGUGAAUAUUACGCUGUAAUCUAACAAGCUUAAGAUUAUCAUUUGUCAUAUAAUAUUACUUUAAAUGAAGUUGUCUUUCAGCUGUUGUCUGUGUUUUUAUUUAACCAAGUAUGUACCUUAGGACUUUAGUUAAAAGCCCAUUUAAUCUUUGAAGUGAUUGAUUUUGAACAAAGUAAUUUUCUGUGUUUUGUCUACAGUUAACUAUUAUUAAAUCCGUUAAAAUUACCCCAUUGAAGCUUGCCUUUUUUUAUACACCAAUAUUCAUUAAUGCAGGUUUAUUACCUUCAUGUUCAGUCAUCAUCCAUUCCACUUUAUAACUGUGAAUCAAAAUAUAAGUGCUUUAGUAUGAGAUAAAAAGUAUUGCACAGGGACAUAACUUGGUGGAAAGCUAUUUAUAAUAUUUUCCAGACUUCAGUACUGUGCGUUUUUUUUUUUUCUAACCAUAUAAUAAAUUUAAAUAUAGUACUUGCAUACCUGCUUGCAACGACAGAUCAAUUGUCCUUUAUUUGUCACAGCACAACUCACCUACAGCACUAUGAGUUGUGCUGAAUCAAAUGUUGGUUAUUUUCUUAUAUUUGUCAUUGUAGUCUUGCUCUGUUUUGUGUGGUCUUCAAAAUUUUUACUACAGCACAUUAGAACACAUAUAUCACCCAACACAGAGCAAUCAUGAUCUUUAGCAAAUACAAGGAAAUAGGUUAAAAAUUUGUUUGUUCUAAAAUAAUUAGUGCAGUCAAUCUAUUGUACUACUACUCUAUGUUGCUUUUAUAACUUUUUAUAAAUUGGACAUGAGGUUUAUUAGAAGCUUGCAUUAUGGUAUAGGUUUUUCAGAACUCAUGAGCAGGCAUUAGAUAUAGUAUGGGGUUUGUUUGUUUUUUUACUUAAUUUAAAAAUAAAGUAUACCAAGCACAUUUCAAUAUUAACUGCCAUUGUAUCAACUUAUAAGUGGAAUGUAGAAUUGUGGCCUGUUUUUUGUCAUACCCGUGUGUAGUUGUAAAUUUUGUAAAUAACACAUCCUGUUGAGUUUCAUAAUCUUCAUACUAAUCUUUCACCAUUUACUACUAAAGGUUAAAGAAUUUUAGCAUUCUAGAUUUUUUGUUCAUUGAUUAGUAUUGUUUGUUUAAGUUUUGACAAUCAUAGUUUUUGCUAAUGUUUGCAUUGAGACAAGCUCUCAAACUAAUUAUUAUUGGUUUCCUUCCUUGAAAAUGCCAAGGAUGUUUUUAAUGAUUCUACAAUUUGCUGCAGAAAAUCUGUAUUUUUAUCUGCUUUUAACAUCCAUCUUUAUCAAUGUGUGUACACUGAAGUAAAGUGGAAUUCCUGUGGGCUGCUAAGCAUUGAAUGCAUGCUUUGAAAGCACAUAGAAAUAGUAAUUUUUUCUACCGUGAAUGUUUCAGGUUAAUAUUUUUUUAUCUUGGUUGAAUGUUGUUUUUUCAAUCAACAAAUGUAUGCAGUUUUGUUUUUUUUACUAACAGUUACAUUCACGUUUCAUUUUCUUUUGUUUUAGAAAAAGCUGUUAUGUAUUGUUAGCAAUAAUUUUGAGUUUGAUUUGUGGUUGUGAUUUUGUAUGUCCAUCUUAAAAGUACUUGCUCUCCCAUAAUCUUGCAUCUUAAACUGUUCUAAAUUUUUGUUUCAUUAUUCAGAGUUGAUUCAGUAUGAAGAUUACAGUUCUAGUUUUGUUUGCCCCUUUUCACCAUAAUCAUUUCUGUAGAUUUGAUUAUUGUUGUUUCUCCUUAGUAUUUGGAGACAUAAUUUCUGUUUCAUUUUGAAAUAAUAAAAGUGUUUUGAGAUUAACAACCUUA